GACCACGGCCGACAAGUUCGUCCACCACGCCCGCCGCCAGCCGUCGCUGCAUCUUCAGUCCCCGGCUGCCAGAACCCUAGAAGAGACCUCCUUUCUGGAGAGAGAGAGAGAGAGGACGGCCAUGGAGAAGCUGGACGAGAGCAAGUUCGAGCAGCGGCUGGAGCUGUGGGCGCUCCGCAUCCCCCGCGAGCACGCCUCCGCCGUCACGCGCCUCCUACGCUCCGGUUAUCUACUGGACAAGCCACGGGUUAAGCCUGUAGUUGAGGAUCCCGAGAGUGACAAGAACCGCCUCGUCGUGCUGUCCGAGAGGAUUCAGAAGCCUGAUUUGUCUGACAUGCCAGAGCAGGUGCACAAUUCUUUGAAGCAACUGUGCAAUGUCGAUGUUGUACCUUAUACGUUGACCCUUGGUUAUUCAUAUUGGAGUGCAGAUCAUAUUCUGAGGCAAAUCCUGCCUGCUGGAGUGGAGGUACCCUCUUCGUUUGAAACAAUUGGUCAUAUUGCUCAUCUGAACAUAUCUGAUGACUUGCUAGUGUAUAAAGAUGUCAUAGCAAAGGUUAUCUAUGAUAAAAAUUAUCCAAGGAUUCAGACGCUGGUGAAUAAAGUUGGGACUAUUACAAAUGAAUUUAGAGUUCCGAAAUUUGAGAUUUUAGCAGGGAAAAACGAUAUGGUUACUGAAGUUAAACAAUAUGGUGCUACAUUUAGACUUGAUUAUGGUUCGGUCUACUGGAAUUCGAGACUUGAGCAUGAGCACAUUAGAUUGGUUUCUCUUUUUAAUAAAGGAGAUGUUAUAUGUGACAUGUUUGCUGGUAUUGGCCCAUUUUCAAUCCCGGCUGCUCAAAAAGGAUGUGUUGUAUAUGCCAAUGACUUGAAUCCAGAGAGUAUUCAUUAUCUAAGAACGAAUGCGAAGAUUAACAAGGUGGAGGAUUGUAUAUUCACCUACAAUAUGGACGCUAGAGUGUUCAUGCAAAAUUUGAUGAGUGUGCCUGGUUCAGAAAGUAUGUCAGACUAUCAAGUUGCUGCUGUUGAUUCCUAUCCUGGAGUAAUGGUCCCUGCUAAUGAAAAUUCGUCUUCAAAUGGAAAUCACAACGAUGUUCAAGAGAACUGUCAAAAUAAUACAAAUGACUACUCUCUGGUAAGCACUACUGCCAAAAAGCGACUACAAGGUGCAAAAGAAGGUGAACCUGACUGCCAAGGUGAAGAUGCUAGUCUGACAAAAAAGAGGAACAAUAAGAGAGUAAGAGGCUCAGGACCACCACCUGCCAAGCCAUGGGAACACGUUGAUCAUGUGCUGAUGAAUCUACCUGCUUCUGCUCUGCAGUUCCUCGAUUGUUUUGACGGUCUAGUCCAAAAGAAAUACUGGACAGGGUCACUACCUUGGAUCCACUGUUAUUGUUUCAUCCGUUCAAGUGAAUCUGAAGAGUCAAUAUUAUCUGAAGCACAGAAUAAAUUGAAUGCUGAGAUAGCAGAACCAAUAUUCCAUAGGGUUCGUGAUGUUGCACCAAACAAGGCUAUGUUUUGUUUAAGUUUCAAGCUACCUAUGGAGUGUCUUAAGGAGGACACAAAGAAUCACAUUCAAUCAGUCGCCUAGUAGACCCUGCCAUAUUGUACUGCCGAAGUUAUCCAUGUCCUGCCAGUAGUUUUGGAGCUUCACUAAAGAAAUUGCAACUGUGCUGAAAAUUCUGGGGUUUUCAUGGAGAUUGAUCUCGCCAUUUCAUGGUGAAGAGGGAUUAACAGGGCAUUCCUGACACUCUUAUAUGUGUGAUCGGUUGUCAUAUAACCAUGGAAGAUGCCUUUGGUGGCUGAAAUCAUGACGUUGGUAGAACCAUCUGAUUCAGAAGUGCGCUGCUAUUGAUUUACAGGUAGUACACGGUUACAUAGUUUCGCAUGGAUUCGUACCUUCACAGCUUCUCGUGUUCAAAGCUAUCCGGAUCCAAGUUUUUGGUUUUGGUCAUGUAAAAGACUGAAAAAAAUAUCAGUAUGAAUAUUUCAUUUCUUCAGUGUA